AUUAAUGGCGUGAGAUCACUCGACAUCAUCUUAGAGAAUUAAAUUCAACUGUUGGUAAAAUGAAAAACAUGGAUGAAAAAGACAUAAUAUUGAAAAGGUUACAUGAUUUUGGUGAAAGUGUGAUUGGUAGAAAAACUAAGAAAAAGAAAGUAGAAAAUAUACAGACACUUCCCUUAGAUGAAAAAUCAUUGUUACAACGGGAAAAAAAUCGUAAAAGAAAAAAUCGAAGAAAGAGGAGAAAUGAAAUGAAAUCAGAAACAGAAGAAUCUAAACCAAAGAAAUUGAGUGAUAUUGAGAAAAUUGUGGAAAUGUUUGAUAUUAGUGACCAAUUAGUAUCUGUAAAAACCAAUAAUGUUGAAAAUAGUGAAUGUGAAGUUAAAACAGUACAAUAUACUGACUUUGUAGAUAAAGACAUAUCUCUUCAACAUCAAACAACGUCAAAGAAACCUAAAAAUAAAAAUUAUCUAGAAGAAAAGGAAGUCUUCAUAUUUAAAGAUCCACAGAAAAUAGCUAGAAAGAAAGCCAAAACAAAGCCUAAAGAAAGUGAAAAACAAGAUGAAAAACCUGAACAAGAUGAACAUCCUAUAUUUGAUAUGGAUGAAGCGAAAUUUGAAGUAAGAAAACUUGGUAUUACAGGUUUUGAAGAGAAUAAACAAGAAGAUUCUAUAGUAGAUUUAUUAGUUAGUCUAGGAGCUAAGCCUCCUAAGAAGAAAUAUGUCAAUUAUAAAGAGUUCCAGAAACAAAGAAAAGAAGAAAUUAUAAAAGAUAAAGAAAAGAAAGAAAUGGAUAGAAAACUUGGUCUUAGAGUUAAAAAAGGAGGUUUUGUUAAAAAGAGUAAAAAAGAUAUAAAUGAUAUCAGUAUAAGAGAUGGACAGAUUGGAAGAUAUGAACAUGGUACACAGUAUAUUAAAAAGAGAGAUAUAAGACGAAAAUAAAAUUAUUAUUAAC